AGCAGCUCAGUGUGGGGCAAAGCGUUCUGGGAGAAUGGCCAACUCAGUCCUUCAGAUCGCUGCCAUGUGCCUGAGCCUUCUGGGCCUGAUCGGGGCAUCUGCUUCCACAGGGAUGCCCAUGUGGAAGGUGACGGCCUUCAUUGGAGAGAAUAUCAUCGUCAUGGAGACACGCUGGGAGGGUCUGUGGAUGAACUGCUACAGGCAGGCCAAUAUCCGGAUGCAAUGCAAGGUAUAUGACUCUCUGCUAUACCUUCCACCAGACCUCCAAGCUGCCAGGGGCCUCAUGUGUUGUGCUGUAGCAUUGGCCUGUAUUGGCAUACUGGUGGCUAUAGCUGGCAUGCAAUGCACCUCCUGCAUUCGUAGUGGCGACCGCUCAAAGCGGAUGAUACUCAUUGUGGCAGGAUGUAUGAUUAUCAUAGCCUGUGUGUGCGUCCUCAUCCCUGUCUCCUGGACAGCACAUGUGAUUAUCCAAGAUUUUUACAACCCGUUGCUGAUAAAUGCACAACGUCGUGAGCUGGGUGAGUCACUCUACAUUGGAUGGGUUUCUGCUGCGCUACUCUUUGUUGGCGGCUGCAUGUUUGCCUGUUCCAGCUCCUCUGGAGAAAAGGACUUUGACAAGCUGACAUACUCUCAAAGCAGCCAGUACAUACCUUAUCAACCACAGGUGCUUCCGGCUCCACUGGUGAGCUAUGGAUACCUCUCCCGCCAGCCAUCUAUGCAGCCUUCGAUUCACCCAUCCAUCCAGAUCCAUCCAUCCAUGUACCCUGCUGUACAACUCUCCAGACAUCCCUCAAGUGCACGGAGUGCUAUUGCAUACCUCUGAGGUCAUUGCUAUGCAUUGGAGAGCAAUGAAAGUUGAUUUUGACCACCACUGAAGCCUUGCUGGGACCAAAAAAGAGACUUCAAGAAGGUGAAUGAACACAAAGCCUCAUAUAAAACUUGUAUGCUCCUGUACAUUAUAUGGGGUUUACAUUACUAUUUCUGCCAUGGAUUUUAAACUGGGAGUCUGACCAGGAAGUUCCAAACUAAAAGUUUUUUUCUGGACAUGUGAUGUAGCAUUAUGGAUUUUUUCAUCUUUCACUCUCAAGUCCACAUCAGCAGUCAAGGAUAGAAAAACAUUGGACUAUGUGGUAAAUCUUUAAAAUGAAUAUUUCUCAAGAUCUGAUCCUUACUAUGCAGUUGAAAUGUGAAUACAGGAGGUACCAGUUCUAAAUGAGAGAUUUAGUGCUACAGACUAAGAAUCUGCUGUAAUUAAGUACGAAGCAGGAUUUAAACUGAUCACAUAUUGUUAUCUUAAUUAUGGAAAAAUAACUCGAUACUACAAUUAAGAUACUGUGAAACUGCAACCUUGUCUGCAGGAUAACCUGAACUUGCUUUUUAACUAGUAGAAAAGUUUAUCAGAUGUAU